AUGUCGGAAAACAACACAACCAAGUUCGCCAACCGACCAAUUCCAAAAGCAACUUCGAUCAACCUGGAUGUGUCUGGAAAAAAGCGCGAAUACUUGGUUGAGUGGCAGCUGCAUAAUGGUAUUUGGGAGCUCGAGAAGAAUAUCAAGCAAGUUUCCCACUUCAAACGGCUCGUGCAUGACUUACGCAACGUCAACGCGCUAAUCCGACAACUGGGGGAAGGCGUAGUGCCGAUCGGCUGUCUCAUGCCGAUCGGCUGUCGCAUGCCGAUCCAGGGGUUGUCGGAGAUCUUGGGAGAGAUCCGCAACUCCCAGUUCCAAAUGUUCGCGGCCAAUAGAAGCCUCUGGCUCUUACCUAACGGCGGACACUCAUCCUCGACCUCGUCACAAGGGCCGAGUGGCAGGAACCCUGGAUUGGUACGAGGCUAG